AUGCCGCCUGAUCCGGCCGCCAUGUCCAAGGGCACGUGCCGCGUCGUUUCCGCAGGGGUGGAUCUGCGAUCCGUCAAGCUGUGCACUGUCAACGACACCUCCUCCUCGUCAUCGUUGCCAACCUGGUUACCAUCUUCGCCACACACGUUGCAAGCCCCAUCGCAAGCCUCACCACACCCCGCCUCUCGUCCGUUCGCCUCCUCCUCCCCUUACGCCACGCCUUCCCCUCCUCCUUCCUCCUCCCCCAACCACGACUCGUCCGCCCACUCCUCCCCACCCGCCUGUCACGCCGCCUCCCCUUUUUCCUGCCCCUCAGCCUCCGCCUCCGCUUCCCACCCCGCCUCCCCUUCCCCCUCCGCCUCCGCCUCCCCUCCCGCCAACCCCCCCUCCGCCCUCGCGUCCCUCUCCGCGUCGCUCCUCGCGCUCCUCCCGCAACCGCUGCUCUCCGCGCUGCCGCUCUCCCCCUCCGCCACGCGCUGCCACUUCACCUACUACUGGGCGGCUCUCAUCCAGCUCGACCUCAACGUCUCCUUCCACUCGCCGUCCAACACGUGGCGCUCGCUGCGUCAGCACAGGCGCCAGAAAAUGGCAUCGCUGCACAAGUGCCUGUACGACCCGCGCCAACCGCACAGGGUGCACCUCCUUCCUGUUCCCACCCCCCGUCGUCCUUCCUUCCCCCUCCAGGUGGCCUCACUGCACAAGGGCCUGUACGACCCGCGUCACCCCCACAGGGCGCACCUGCUUCUUCCCCUUACCCUCCACCCCCCUCUUGCGCUUCUUCCCUCCCCUACCUCCAUUCCUCCAGGUGGCAUCGCUGCACAAAUGCCUGGCAUUUUCAUGCACCUCGCUGCUACAGCCAUCACCAAGUGGUUCUUAUCAGACGAGUCCAUAUUCCAGCCGUCCUCCUCGGUGGGCAAGCUCUAUCUGGGUCUCAGCCUGGGCGUGCUGCUGGGAGUGCUGUGCUGCGUGGGCACGCAUGUCUUUGGUCGCAUCGUCGUGGCUCUCGACUGCUUCCAACCCCCAGCUUCCUCCCUUUUCGUCUCUGCGAUUGAGGUGAGCCGUGGGCUGCGCAUCACUCUAGUCGGGAGAUAUCACUCAGCAAUAAGCGAGGAGGGCUCUCUCUCUGAUGACCUGGAGGAUCUCGAUCUUUCUGAGAGCAUUCUCAGCUGCUUCUGCCCCUCGCUGGUUGACAGCCCUUUUCUGGCAAAGAAGCUCCCUGAGAAUUCACCUGAGAGGUCACCUGAUCGCUACCGCAAGGGGGAUUUGUGCCGAUUGAGUGGUCUGGGCCGACCUGUAGCUGCGGGGGCGGAGGAUGUUGAGCCGCUUUCCCUGCACCAGCAGGAGGAACAAUCCCAGGCAGAGGCAGAGGCAGAGGCAGAGGCAGAGGCAGAGGCAGAGGCAGAGGCAGAGGCAGGGGCACUGGCUACACAGGCAGAGGCAGAGGUAGAUGCAGAGGCAGAGGAGGAAGCAGGGGGACAGGAACGAUCGCGGAAUACACAGGGUCUGCCGGUCAAUGCCUCACAAGCGCAGCCGUUCCUGCGCUCAGAAGAAGAGAGCGGUGGGCUGGUUGUGCCUCAAGAACAGACCUUGCCUCAAGAGCAGUCCGUGGGUUAUCAGCAAGGAAGCUGUUUGAGUCUAGCUGUGUGCUGUGAGGUAUCGGGUGUGGAGGGCGAUGGAGGUGGUGCUGUCACAGCAGCAGCAAGUUCGGCGGCAGGUUUGGCAGCAGGUCCGGGAGUAGGUCCAGGUUUGGCAACAGCUCUGGCACCAGGGCUGGCUGCAGCUCCAGCGGUGGCUCCUCCAGCCACCAUGCAAAUCUUCGUGAAGACUCUCACCGGCAAGACCAUUACCCUUGAGGUCGAGAGCAGCGAUACCAUCGACAAUGUUAAGGCCAAGAUCCAGGACAAGGAGGGGAUUCCUCCUGACCAGCAGCGUCUGAUUUUCGCUGGCAAGCAACUGGAGGAUGGCCGUACUCUUGCGGACUACAAUAUCCAGAAGGAGUCUACGCUUCAUCUGGUGCUUCGGCUUCGCGGUGGCAUGCAAAUCUUCGUGAAGACUCUUACCGGCAAGACCAUCACCUUGGAGGUUGAGAGCAGCGACACGAUUGACAACGUUAAGGCGAAGAUUCAGGAUAAGGAAGGCAUCCCCCCCGACCAGCAGCGCCUGAUUUUUGCCGGCAAGCAGCUCGAGGACGGACGUACUUUGGCCGACUACAACAUUCAGAAGGAGUCGACCCUGCAUCUGGUGCUUCGCCUCCGCGGUGGCAUGCAGAUCUUCGUGAAGACUCUUACCGGGAAGACGAUUACUCUGGAGGUUGAGAGCAGCGACACCAUCGACAACGUGAAGGCGAAGAUCCAGGAUAAGGAAGGCAUCCCCCCCGACCAGCAGCGCCUGAUUUUCGCCGGCAAGCAGCUCGAGGACGGUCGCACGUUGGCUGACUACAAUAUCCAGAAGGAGUCGACUCUUCAUCUGGUGCUCCGUCUUCGCGGAGGCAUGCAGAUUUUCGUCAAGACCUUGACGGGAAAGACCAUCACUCUGGAGGUUGAGAGCAGCGACACCAUUGACAACGUGAAGGCGAAGAUUCAGGAUAAGGAGGGGAUUCCCCCUGACCAGCAGCGCCUGAUUUUCGCCGGCAAGCAGCUCGAGGAUGGCCGCACUCUGGCUGACUACAACAUCCAGAAGGAGUCGACGCUUCACCUGGUGCUUCGCCUUCGUGGUGGUAUGCAGAUUUUCGUGAAGACCCUCACGGGAAAGACCAUCACGCUCGAGGUUGAGAGCAGCGACACCAUUGACAACGUCAAGGCUAAGAUUCAGGACAAGGAGGGUAUCCCCCCUGACCAGCAGCGUCUGAUUUUCGCAGGCAAGCAGCUCGAGGAUGGUCGCACUUUGGCUGAUUACAACAUCCAGAAGGAGUCCACCCUCCAUCUGGUGCUUCGCCUCCGUGGUGGUCAGUAG